GAGCACAGCAUUUAUCUGAAAGCCGAGAGUGAACCUGACUCAUACUCACUGUUGUCGAGAGAAGAAAUGGCGCAGCAAGUGAUUCUGGAUCGAGAACAACUGAGCUGUUCAAUCUGUCUGGAUCUUCUAAAGGAUCCGGUGACUAUUCCCUGUGGGCACAGCUACUGCAUGAGCUGUAUUACAGACUGCUGGGAUGAAGAGAAUGAGAAGAAAACCCACAGCUGCCCUCAGUGCAGGCAGAGCUUCACACCGAGGCCUGUCCUGGUGAAAAGUACAAUGAUAGCAGAGUUUGUGGAGGAACUGAAGAAAGUAGGACUUCAAGCCGCUUCACCUGAUCUUACAUAUGCAGGACCUGGAGACGUGGCCUGUGAUUUCUGCUCUGGGAUGAAACUGAAAGCUUUCAAGUCCUGUCUGGUGUGUAUGGCCUCUUACUGUGAGCAACACCUGCAGCCUCACUAUGAUGAAGCUGCAUUCAAGAAACACAAGCUGGUUGAAGCCACCUCAAAGCUUCAGGAGAACAUCUGCUCUCGUCAUGACGAGGUGAUGAAGAUUUUCUGCCGCACUGAUCAGCAGUGCAUUUGUUAUCUUUGCUCCAUGGAUGAUCAUAAAGGCCAUGACAAAGUCUCCGCUGCAGCAGAGAGGGCUGAGAGGCAGAAGGAGCUCGGGGUGAGCCGGGGAAAAGUCCAACAGAGAGUCCAGGACAGAGAAAAGGACGUCAAGGUGCUUCAACAGAGGGUGGAGGCUAUCAAUCAUUCUGCUGAUGAAGCAGUGAGGGACAGUGAGAAGAUCUUCACUGAGUUGAUCCAUCUCAUUAAGAAAAGAAGCUCUGAAGUGAAGCAGCAGAUCAGAUCCCAGCAGAAAACUCAAGUGAGUCAAGCUGAAGAGUUUGAGGAGAAGCUGCAGCAGGAGAUCACUGAGCUGCGGAGGAAAGACACUGAGCUUCAACAACUUUCCCACACAGAGGAUCACCUGCAUUUCCUAAACAACUACCCCUCGCUGUCACGUAGUCCAGACCACGUUCACUCAGCCUCUCUUUCCUGGAUUCUGGCUUCCAUUAUCAUCUGGAGGCACUGCUGAGUUGUGUGAGCUCACAGGAGUUUAAAGAGUGACUCGUCUCUAUACAGUAAAUGUUGAGGUGUGUCUGCUGCAGAGAUCAAACGUAAUAGAUGGGCCUGUGAUGUUCUUUCUUAUAUUUUCUGUUUUUAAUGUGUCAAUUCAGUAAAAUGGUGAAAUGGAAAACAAAUCAUUUCUCUCUUUAUUUGGAUUAAACAACCUUGUUUGUUGAAAUUUGAUUCUAUUAUAUAUAUUUAGUUAUAUUUACUAAACAUUUUCAUUAUAUACUGUGCAUGGAAAAACAUUGCAUAUACAAAAUGUCUAAUCAGUUUUUAUAUAUACAGGCGUGAUUAUGUAAGAUAAACAAAAGAAAUCAAUAAAACAAAAUCAUGUAUGUAAAAAUGUAUCAAUGGAUUUGGAUCUUUGAGCUGUCAA